CAGCUUUGCAUUGUGGGAUUGACUCUGAAGAUCGCUAUAACAACCGUGAAGGGAGAAUUUAAUAUCAGAAAAGUAAUGAAUUAAAUGCUGGUUUCGGGGUGUUUAGUGCAAUAUAACUUCAUAAUGCCUCCGUUUAUAAUCAGUUUAGUCGUAUAGCCAAGUUUCCACUGUAACGUGGUUUGUUUUGGUCGCAGGAAUUCAGCAUUAAUUAGUAACACGUUAAGCCUGUCAAAAUUAAGCCCAGACAGUGGGGAAACCGAGCCAGGCUCCUUCACUGCUCCGAUUUGUCUUCCCUGUCUUUAAACUUGGUCCACUAGCUCCCUGGAGAAGCUCACGUGAAAUCAAAAGUGAGUUUAGAGGUAAAGAAUGGCUUCCUCGUCCGGAAACGACGACGACCUCACCAUCCCGAGGGCAGCCAUCAACAAGAUGAUUAAAGAAACGCUUCCUAACGUGCGGGUGGCCAACGACGCCCGGGAGCUGGUGGUGAACUGCUGCACCGAGUUCAUCCACCUGGUUUCCUCUGAGGCCAAUGAGAUCUGCAACAAAUCUGAGAAGAAGACCAUCUCCCCGGAGCAUGUCAUCAACGCACUUGAAAGUCUCGGUUUUGGAUCCUACAUAACGGAGGUGAAGGACGUUUUGCAGGAAUGUAAGACGGUUGCACUGAAACGGAGAAAGGCCAGCUCACGUCUAGAAAAUCUCGGCAUCCCAGAAGAGGAGCUUCUCCGUCAGCAGCAGGAGUUAUUUGCCAAGGCACGGCAGCAGCAGGCUGAGCUUGCCCAGCAGGAGUGGCUGCAGAUGCAGCAGGCAGCGCAGCAGGCUCAGUUAGCAGCAGCAGCUUCAGCCACAGCAGCUCAACACGCCCGAUCCUCCCAGGAAGAUGAUGAAGAGGAUGACAUGUGAUUCAUUUUCUCUCUCUCUCUCUCUCUCUCUCUCUCUCUUGCAGUAUCCGUUUAUAUUGACUUUUUAGAAAAUACCAUGGCCAGACGGCUGUUUUAUUUGGCCCUCCUCUUAUGUCAAAAUAGCGUUAGGCUUUUUUCUUCCUUUUCUUUUUCUGAGACCUAUUUCUGCUUUUCUUUCAGACAGUUAAGAUAUUUUAAGGUGCACCAUAUUGUAUGUGCAUCAUUGUUUUUGGACAUUGAGCCGUAUAACACGUUGGCGGCAGAAGAUGCAUUAUGUUUAAAUGUUCUCAGUUUGGUGCAGGAAUGAGUGUUUAAACUCAAAUGCCUCCUAUUUUAGGUGUCCUGUAGAAUUUUUUUUUUUGUAAAAUAGUUGAGUUAAAAUCUUGAAUUUUUUCCUGAAGAAUUGAUUUUUACAACAGUGGUUCCUUCCCUGUCUUGCUCUGUGCGUGCAGCAGAGGGCUGACCUGGGUUGUAAAGUAGGACUUUUUUUUUUAAGUUCAAGUCUGUAAGAGUACAGUGUAUGUAGGAUGCAGCUUUUGUCUGGCCUGUGUUCAGAACAGUAUUGAAAGGAGAACUACAAAAUAAUAUCUGUCUCUUUAGUACCAAAGAUGGAGAUGAAACUUCAGUCACCAGAUAGUCUUAAGAAACCUCUGGACAGUUUUACACUCUUUACAGAAAGAAACUCUGGUCACUGAUGGCACUGAACUAUGUCACCAUCAGUGUCCCUAUAUUGAUAGCAACUAUCAAACUGUAAAAUGUAUUCAUAUCCAAGCAGAAGGUUUUUGUUCCUCUGUAUCUCUCUGGUGCAAUGUGUAGAAGUUGCAUUGUGAAUAUGUGGUUAAUUAUCUUGUGACGAUUGGUAAAUUUUAGUUGAGGCACGUGUUCACAUGGCUUUGCAGGAGCUGUAAGCUGUAUUCUCUAAGCAAUAAAAGUCAACAUGUUUUAUAAA